AGUAAGCAUCACUAAAAUUCAGGAGAAAGAAAAUGGGGUGAACAGUCAACGUCGAAUACUUUUAGAAAACUGUAUAGUUUUGAACUAUUAUGCCCAACGCUUCGUUUUAGAAGCUUCAUGAUAUAAUAUACGUUGAUGUUUAGCACUUGCUAUUGAAGAAAAUUGCAAAAAACCAAGAUGAUUUGCUUAAAGAUUCUUCAUUUUUGGUGCACUGUGGAUCCCACUUCAUGUCGGUAGCUCGGAGUGAGAGGGAGAAGAUGCCAGCACAAGCCCCUCAGUGGACAGAGUUCCUAUCCUGCCAGGUGUGUUACAAUGUCUUCAAUGAGACUGACCGUCGACCAGUCAGCCUGGCAUGUGGACACACUGUCUGCAGAACAUGUCUGCUCAAUCUCCCCCAGAAAAAGUGUCCGUUUGACCAGUGUGCCAUUACGAGGGACGUCAGUGAGCUGCCUGUUAACUACGCCCUGCUCCAGUUGGUGGGAGCCGCAAUACCAGCUGAGAGUGAACAGCCUGCUCCUAUCCCUAUUCCAGAGAAAUCGAAACAUUAUGAGUCAGCAAAGCACUGUAUAGAAGAAAUAGCUCUCUAUCUUAAACCAAUAUCUGAAGGUUGUACAACAGCUGCAGCAAUAAGUUCUGGAAGUAGCAGCAUAUUAAGCCGCCCAAUGCAAAGAAAGGUUGUCUCCCUUGUGAGUUGUCAGCUAGUGGAGGAGGAGGGCAGAGCUCGUGCUGCUCGAGCAGCCCGCUCGCUCGGUGAGCGGACAGUUACAGAACUCAUUCUUCAGCAUCAAAAUGCUCAACAGUUAUCAUCCAACUUGUGGGCCGCUGUGCGGGCUCGUGGAUGUCAGUUCCUAGGUCCUGCUAUGCAGGAGGAAGUUCUUAAGCUAAUUUUGUUGGCUCUGGAGGAUGGUUCCUUACUGUCAAGGAAAGUCCUGGUGUUGUUUGUUGUCCAGCGUCUGGAACCUCAGUAUCCCCAGGCCUCUAAGACAGCCAUAGGUCACGUGGUGCAGCUGUUGUACAGAGCUUCCUGUUUUAAGGUCACAAAGCGAGAUGAGGAGUCCUCUUUGAUGCAGCUGAAGGAGGAAUUCCGAUCUUAUGAGGCCCUGAGACGAGAGCAUGACUCCCAGAUCAUACAGAUAGCCAUGGAGUCUGGUCUGAGGAUUGCGCCGGACCAGUGGUCAUCGUUACUGUACGGAGACACCAACCACAAAUCACACAUGCAGUCUAUCAUUGACAAGCUUCAGACUCCCCAGUCCUUCACUCAGAGUACCAAUGAACUAGUGGUGGCCCUACAGCGGAGUGGUGACCCGUUUAAUCUACAGCGACUCCGCCCACAUUUAGAGUUCCUGGCCAGCAUUGAUCCCAGUCCUGAGGCCCCUACUCCAUCUUGGGAGAAUUUAGAAGCAGUGAUGAAAGCUGUGAAGACAGUGGUCAAGGGUCUGGUGGACUUUAUACAGAGUAACGGAGCAAAGAAAGUGGACAACUCAGCGUAUGUUAAUGUCCGUUACAAGACCAGCAUGUGCAGAGAUCUGUCUGAGAAAGGGCGCUGUCCAAGGGGAACUAACUGUACCUUUGCUCAUUCGCAGGAGGAAUUAGAAAAGUUCAGAGCAAGAAACAAAAGGUCUGGGAGAAAUGCUUGUCCCGCUAGUGAUACUUCGACCUUGACCUUAAAACAGAAAGUCCAGUUGGACCAUAUCACAAGAACAUCUCUGGAAAAGCAGAGACAGUUGAGCAGCAGCAGUUCUGAUCCGGCCAUAAAAGACCAAAAUUCCAUACCCCCUGUUGCUGGAGCCCAGGACCUGACCCACGGGAUGAAUUCUCUGUCUGUGAUUGACCCAGUUAAGGUGGGGGACAACAAUGCCAUGUCAGCUGUUCAUGUCCAUCAGCCUCAAAUCAACUUCCAGAAUCUGCCUCCUCAGCCGCCUGUACAACCCAAUGUAGGCUCAAUGGUACCACCUCAGUUUCCAAUGUAUCCCAAUCAGUACCACCCCAGCAUGUUACAGUCAGGGAUCUACCCCAGUGCUCCACAGGUGCCCGUGGGUAACGGAGGAGUCAUGAUGAAUAUGCAGGGAGUGGGGUACUCAGAUAUGUACCAAAUGGAAGUCAAUAGAGGUUGUGUACAGCACCCAUCAAUCCCUUCACCGUAUCCCAUGAUGCAGCAGCCACAGUACCCCGGGGUCCAGUAUCAGCAGUUUGUACCUGGAUAUUUCCCACCUGGAUACAUGCCUUACACACAGAAUCCAGGUGGGAUCCCACCUUACAUGGACUCCCACAGUGGUGUACAGGGUCCUGUAGAAGUUUACCUUAAUGACCAGACAGCGACUUCAACUUCUUCAUCCAUUGCCCAGGAUAUGGGAGCAAGAGCAGGAGGGGAUGUGGCCCCUAUAAAUCAGACCAGAGUUCUUCACAAUCUACGUAGCAGAAGGCAAGAGAUUUUGGAAAAGAUUCAGAAUAUCCCCGCGAGCUCUGGGGGAGGUACAGUGAGUAACCCCCUCCUGAAGGGAUGCGCCUCAGUCACCCCAACAGUGAGGGAAAUCAUCAAGGACCCCUACAAGUCCUCCAAUGACAAAUUCAUGCUGUCCACAAAGUCCACCUUGAACAAGGCUGUCAGCGAUACACUGAAUGCCAAUCAGAUCACUUCACUGGCAGAAGUGCAGAAAUCUAGUUGGAAUCAGGAUUACAUCCCCUGGUCCAGUGGCGACACAACUUUGUCCGUUUUUACGUCAUCUUCCGACACUAUGGCUUCGUCUUCUGACAUACUAACAGACAGCGGGGACAUCUGGAAUGAGAGUAGUUCAGAUAGCACAGAAUUCAUGUUAAACUGGCUGAAGGACAUACCAGAUGACCCUGUACCAGUAGAAAACAAAGAGGACACAAAAUGGUGGCUGAACAACACAAGUAUAUCAGCAUCAUUAACAACCAGCACCGAAAGCAGAGCCAUGGAUUCAUAUCCAAGGAGCAGUAUGUCUGUGUGCUCUGACAAGACAGAUGAAGAGAUUCCUUUUGAUCCUCCUAUUGUCUCCAAGUUUGGACCAAUUUCCAGGUCCUGUAAGACAAAGUACAAAUUCUCUGAUCCCGUACAGGCUACAGCCAAUCAGGGUCAUUCCACGAUGACCCCAGUGACAGCCAUUACACCUGUGAGGCGGCCUCAGACGACUGCUUUCCCACAGGAAACUAAGGUGAAGAAAUCAAACGAGGUCCAUAUGCAUGGUUACAAUCUCCAUGCCAUCUCCACGGGAUGUUACGACAAGUCCGAGAUGGGGCUACAGGACUACGUUAGACAUGAGCUGUCACGUCUGGAGAAGAAGGCACAGAACGCCUACACAGAGGGGGAGGCUCUUAACUGUGAACUACAGGCCGUAGAACUCCAGAUCUCACUGGAAGAUGGAUCCAUGCUAGAAGCUCCACCAAACAAACCUGAGAAGACAAUAUUUGGGUGGGAGUUGGAAUCUAAGUUAGAGAGACCCCCAGGAGCAUGGAGCAGCUUUGAGUUAUUAGCUGCAGCCACUACCAAAGGAAUGAAAUUGGAUGACAUCCACAUGGCAUUAGAUGCCCAGAAAAAGGCAACACAGUCUUUACGCAGCAAGCAACAAGAAGAUUAGAGGGCAAAGAAAGGUGUUAAAAGUGCUUUUUCAAGCUCUGAACAUAUCACUGUCUUUUUUUCACAGGACAGGGGAGUGUUUUUUUACAUUGUAUUGUGUUUUAAAUAUACUGAGUGUUUUAUUUUUAGUCUUAUCUGGCAAUAACCACUUGUUAAACAAAGUCUGACAUUUGGACAUAUUCUCUACAAUGUAGGGUGAAGGAAAUACUAUGUAUCUUCUGAAGUUUGAAUUCAUUACAAAGAGCUUAUUAUUCACUGUCUACCAUGUGGACUCAAUAUGUCAAGUUUUAGAUUGUUUGGAAUUUCUGUUCUUAAGUGGUACAUAUUGUGCACUUCUGUAUUAUUAACCUGUUCUAUUAGAGCUACAUUAUACCUCAUUUUCUCAUUUUCAUGUUUUUCUGUAGUAUUGUUGUUGAUAUGGCUUGAAUUUUUUUCAAAAAUAUAAUGACAUUAUAUCCCUGAUGUAUAUAGGGAUUAGGGACUGAGGGAACAUCACUGUCUAACAUGUGUGUUUUGUUUAUUACACUGUAAUUCACUGUUAAAUCAGUCAUCAUCUAAUUUACCUCUAGUUUUUAAUUGAAGCAAAAAGAGAUAUGCUUUGGCUUCAGGUCAAGAUCUAUCAAAUGAGUUUAUUCCUUUUGGUACUAAAUUCAUCAUGAUGGAAGAAAUUUAAAGUUACUUUUCCCACGCUUAAUGGCUACAAUUGAAUUACAUGUAUGUAGUUGAUCAGAAUUGACAGUGAAACUGUGUCAGAUUAGAUAGUUUUGACUGGACCUUUACAUAGUUUAAUAGUUGUGUAAAGAGGUUAAGAACUUGAUGUAAAGUACAAUUUUCUGAGAGACUAUAAGCAAUCGGGGUAAAUUUCCUUUGACUGUGAAGCCUAUUUUAUCUAGUUUUCUUAGUUUUUCAGUAAAAAAGAAAUUAUCAUCAAUGAGGUUUUUUCCUUUGAGUUAAUUUACUUUAAAAUGUCCAGAUAUAUUGUAAUUUACUGAACUAUAGUUUUAAAGCAUCAUUAAAGAAAUUUCUUUCACUUGCAGGCACCAUUCAUUUCCUAGAUAUUGACUUCGAAACAAAUGUCAACAAAUUUAUCAGUUUGAAAAACAGGCACCUUUCAUUUGCGAGAUCUUGACCUUAAAACAAAUACCACUGCAGUUUUUGAUCUUUGAUCUUUAUUGGAAAAACCAUGGAAUAUGAAUUAAAUUUUGAAAACCAGAAAAAUAUUUUUGUUUUUCAAAUAAAAUUGAUUACAUUUUCAUAUAUUUUUUUUACACAUUUUUAUAAAAAUCUGAUUUGCAAAGCCAUGUAAUUUAUGUUGAUGUGAAAUAUUUCAGUACAUGUCGAUACUUUGUACAAGGUACAAUGCAUGCCUAAUUUUGUCGGAAUUUUAAUGACAUUUUAUCUUGAGUGAGUAUAUAUUAGAUAUAUACAAAAUUUUCUGAUAGUCUGACAGAAUGUAUUUUUUAUGAAAUACUGGGUCAGCUGUUUUACUUAUGUGACACAUAUGUACUGUAAACAUUGGACUCAGCUCUGAGUCUGGUAGGAUGGGUUUUAUUUGAUUGAAUGGUAACUGUUCUGUACUCUGUACCAAAAAAAAUUCUGUGAAUUUCUUGAGAAGACAGCUAUUUUUAUCAUUGUCAUUCAUACUUUUCUUUUCAAAAGUAUCGGAGAGGGCUUGAUUGGAACCUUAUUUUUUUUUUUUUUUUUUUU